AUGCAGCAAUUAACAGAAAAGUAUCGUCCUAGAUCGUUACAGGAAAUUGUUGGCAAUAGAGAGGUUGUUGAGGCACUCUCUGCCAUUUCAUCUGCGGGGAUUAUUCCGCACAUGUUGUUUUAUGGUCCACCUGGAACUGGAAAGACAACAGCAAUCCGGUCGAUUGCUAGCAAGUUGCCAAAGGCAAGCGUGCUUGAGCUGAAUGCAAGUGACGAACGAGGAAUAUCUACAGUCAGGGAAACAAUUAAGGAAUUUGCGUCAGCCUAUUCAAAAUCAGUUAAACUUGUUAUUUUGGACGAGGCGGACAUGAUGAGCAGGGAUGCACAAAAUGCACUCAGAAGAAUAAUCGAAGACUUCAGUGCAAGCACAAGAUUUUGCCUAAUAGCCAAUUACUCAAAGAAGAUUAUUCUGCCGAUUAUAUCGAGAUGCACCAAGUUUAGGUUUGGCCCUGUGAAUCAGAUGCAGCAGAGGAUAAAAGAAAUAUGCAUGAACGAAGACAUCAGGUACACUGAAGAAGGUGUUGAUGAAAUAGCAAGGCUUUCUGCAGGAGACAUGCGCAAGGCUGUUAAUGACAUCCAGGGUGUCUAUUCGUCAUUCGGUGUGGUUGAUGAAAAGAAUGUUCAACAAUUCAACGGAACAGCACCAAAGAGUGUAUAUCUGAAAAUUCUUAACGAUCUAGUAACCAUGAGUGCUACAGGCGGAAGAGAAAUGCUUAAUAGUGUGGUAUUUGAAUACAGACUCGAUUGUAAUGAUCUUGUAUCUAAUCUGUGUGAUAUUGUAAGUAGAAGCAACCUUAGAAACAAAAUGAAAAUCUUAAAGAACUUAAGUGAUGUGGAAUACAGAGCAUCAAUCGGUUGUUCUGAGGAUUUACAGUUAAAUGCGAUCAUUGGCACAUUCAUACUCAAUAGGGACUGA